UUAAUCACCUCUGGGUUUUUUAUUUUUUGCUAAACAAACCAAAAACUGAAAAUUUAGAGAAAAAAAAAAAAAAAAACUUUCUUCGUUUGUUAUAAAAAUGUGUAAAAUAAGCAAGUUUUCUCCUUCAUUGAUGUGCGCUAAUGAGGCUGCAGUGAUGGGCACUGAGGAGGCACUGAUGGGCACUGAUAUGUGGCAUUGAUGUGCACUGGUAGGCACUGAUAUAUGGCAUUGAUGUGGCACUGCUGGGCA